GCUGGCGCUGAGCUCCGGCUGCGCUCUUCGGCGAACAAUAGUGGAGUGUGGCGCGGGGCGGUUGGCAGUGCAGCACGGCGAGGGAGCACGAUGAACGAGGAGCAGUUCGUCAACAUCGACCUGGACGAUGACAACGUGUGCAGCGUCUGCAAGCUGGGCACCGAGAAGGAGACGCUCUCGUUUUGCCACAUCUGUUUCGAGCUGAACAUCGAAGGAGUACCAAAGUCAGAUCUUCUACAUACAAGAUCUUUAAGGGGACACAGAGACUGCUUUGAAAAAUUCCAUUUAAUUGCAAAUCAGGACUGCCCACGUUCAAAGCUCUCUAGAAGCCCCUACGCAGAAGUAAAAAGUAUCUUGAGCAAAAAAAUUAACUGGAUCAUACAGUAUGCACAAAACAAGGAUAUAGACUCUGAUACCGAAAGCUCAAAAACAUCCCAACACCCACUUUUUAGCUUGAGACAUCAGACUGAUAGAAAAUUGCUCCCACAGUUUGACUCUCCAGUACCUAGAUACUCGGCAAAAUGGAUAGAUGGAAAUUCUGGAAGCAUCUCAAACUGCUCACAAAGUCUGUUAGAACAAAGCGAACCCACUGAUUUCAGACUUGGUAUGUUACAAGAAACAGGUGCUACGUUCUGUUGCAGCAGUGUCUUGUGGUCUAAUCGCAGCCAAGCCCAGAAAACUGAAAAAGCUGAAAGUGAUUCACUCACCAGUGUUCACAGAAGGCAUCCUCAUUACAGCAGGGAAGAAUUGAAUGGGAUGACUCCUGGAGAGUUAAAGCAGCUGACUGAAAAACUGCUCAAGCAAAUCCAGGAUGUGUUUGAGGAACUGACGCAGCAAGUCCAAGAAAAGGAUUCUCUGGCUUCAGAACUGAAUGUCCGUCAUAUUGCUAUAGAGCAGCUGCUGAAGAACUGCUCCAAAUUGCCAUGUCUACAAAUGGGACGUGCGGGAAUGAAAUCAAAUGUCCCCAUAUGAUGGGGAUACAGCUCAUAUCCCCUAUAGAGCUGACUUUCCCUGGUGGCUUUGGUAACCGUUAAAUACAGCUGCACAGAUAUUUAGAAGCUUUUGAGGCAAACUCAGGCAGCUUGCUCUUUGCAUUCCUAAUCCAUAUAAAGUCUUCUUCCACUUGGGUUUUAAGAAAACAGGCAAAUAUUGUAGGUAUUUAAACCUAUUAUAAUGGGGUUUAUUCCCAUUCUGGUUUGUUUUUGCCCAUAAUGAUGCAUGAACCUUGAACCAAAUUUUGUGUUCUGUUGAUAAUGAAAUUGUUUCUAACAAAGAACGACCUGAACCUGCCCAUUCCAUACAGAAGUAAAUCUGCCUACUUCAUACAAAGGAGGAACAAAAAACUGAGUUUUGAUCAGAUUUGAUCAUGUUACAUCAAAGAGAGCUUUAACAGGAGAACAGUAUUAAUGAAACUCAUGUCUUAUUUAUUAUGAGCAAUAUUUUAUUAUUGAGAUUUUGUACUAAAUAAUGCUAUUUUAGAUACUUUUCCAAAUCUCUUUAUAAAAUUUCUGAACUACUCUGUGUAAAGUUUAUGCCUUGUGUAUGUUUAUCCUUUUUCAGGUCUGUAUCUUUCAUGAUACAAUGUUUAAGAGGAAAAAAAAAAACAACCCCAAACCUUAUUUCCCAAAGAGGUGAAUUUCACUUAUUUAAAAAAAAAAAAAAAAGUGGUGGUGCAUCACCUAUUUUUAUCAAAUUUAUAACUGAAAAAUUUGUUUCAUGAGAUGUUUAAAAAAAAAAAAAAAAAAAAAAAGGAAAAGCACAGCACUUCAUAAUACAAUCCAUACUUAGGAUUUAAUGCAUAGAAGUUGUUUUGUAUGUGUGAAAUUUUCAAUGCUGAAAAAGAUGACUUCAAGAAACUAAAUAAAUUUGUAAUACUGCAUUAUUCUCGUGGCUUUUUUUUUAUGAAUUUGUAUCGGUGAUGUUUGUAUUUCAGAAUGAGAGCACCAGUAGUGGCACAUUGUGAAACAGAAUAGUCUGCUUUUUUUAGAACUUGUAUUGGUCAGUCAUACUAAAAAAUUCUUGUUACUAUUUAUUGAAAUAACUGUAGAGCUACAUUUACAUAACUGAAGGUGACAGGUUUGCACUGGAAGAGUAGGGGAUAGUGGGAGAAGCAUUAUUCUCCCCAAAGUUCAUCUGUGUGCUCUCUGUUUUUAAUCCCUUAAAGUAAAAAGUUACACAGAAUGACUAGCAAGAGGAAAGAUUUAGGUUUGUUUUUAAAGUAGGACUGCAAAUUAGCUGAAGUUCAGUUUUUUCAUUAUCCUGAACACCUGAACAACCUGACAUCUGAACCACGUAGAACAGAUAUUUAUUUAUCUAUCAGAAUGUAGUUGUUUAAAAGGCAUUCUGAGCAGUGUGAGAGUGUGCUUUCAAGUAAAACUGAGUUUAUAAGUAAAUGUACAGUAGGUAAUCCCUGGUUUUUGGCUGUCAGAAGAUGUAUUAAUAAAUAUAAGUAUGGAGAUUAAUCCAAUAUGAAAAUAACUGCAGAUCAUAGGAUCAUAGAAUUACUCAGGUUGGAAAAGACCUUAAAGAUCAUCCAGUCCAACCACGACCUAAUCAUACUACCUUAGUUACCAUACUAACUCUAACAACCCUCCACUAAUUCAUGUCCCUGAGCACCACAUCCAAAUGGUUUUUAACACAUCCAGGGAUGGUGACUCAACCACCUCCCUGGGGAUCCUAUUCCAGUGUUUAAAGAGCCUAUUCCAAUGCAUAUUAUAAGGUGAGAGGAGAAAUGUCAUCAUUACUUAUAUCUGUGAAAAUGAUCAUCGUUCAGCCUAUAGUAGACUGCAUCUAGAAGUCUCCAGCUAUCUGAUUAGACUGAUGAGAAAUUUCAGUUCAUGGGAUAGUGAGGUGUUCUGAAAGAAUUAGUUUGUGUUUCUGCUCUUGUUUUUGCCUCUGUGGGAAUUAGAAAUACAGCAUCUACAUUUAAGUCAUCCUUCCUAAUACCUUUCUAUGGAUUGUAUUUUUGUUAGAUUAGAUUUUGAUAGGAGCAAGGUGAGGAGAGUUGUUCUGUUUUUAAGGUAGGUUAUCAUUAAGGACGACUUCUAGAGCACAUAAGCCACAGGAACACAAUUUUUUUAAUGCUUUGCCCUUGAUCCGAUUUUGAGUCGGGAAGAAAGCACAGUCCUAGCUUAUGUGCUUAAAAGAAAAUCUAACUGUAUAGCUGCUGCUGCUGCUGCUGCUUAUGUUCUGAGGAAAAUGCUUAGAGUGCAGAGGGGGUCAGCAUGUUCCCUAAGCUGUCUGGCAGCUCGGAACUGGAGCUGUUGUAUGUCUUUGUAUAUCAGGAGUUUAAAGAGGUUGAUGUGCUUGUGCUCUUGGAUGCUUAGCUUCAAAAUCAUAGAAUGGCUUGGGUUGGAAGGGACCUCAAAGAACAUCUAGUUCCAACAACCCUGCCAUAGGCAGGGUUGCCAACCACUAAACCAACGUGCUAUAAGAAAAUACCGUCACAUGCAUGGGGUUUCUUUCCUCUUGCCUUCCCUGACUUUUGCUGAGAAAUCUAUAGAGUAAAUCAUACCUGAAAUCUGAGGUGUUUCUGUAUAUGUAAUGUUGACCCUAUGGGUAUUCAGAUGCAAGACGUCUUUUGAGUGACUGGUAAAUAAGCUUUUCGUGGGAGGAGAAAAGUGUUUGCAAGAGUGAUGAGGCUAUCAAACACCUAUCAAACAAAAGCCAAUGUGAAAGUCUUAGCAGCUGGAAAUUUAGUAGUUUUUCUUUGUAUUGCAAACUAUUGUUCAUUGAAAAUACAAGCAAGAAUUGGCCAGAAACUGGUGAAGCAGUGAUCUUCAUUAAGUGCUCUCUGAAAACACACAGAAUUGCUACUGCUGUUCUGUUUUUUGUUGUUUGUUUAUUGCUGUGUUUUUUUAACUGCUGGUGGCAAAGGACAGAAAGAAUCCUAGUUUUCUUUAUGUGGGGAGGGUGAUUUUUGCUUUUCACAAAGCCAUAUGUUACCAAUAAAAAUAUUCUCCUAAACUUAA